ACGGGGCGGGGUCGUAGCCAGUGUUGCGGAUCGAUAAUAAUAGUCGGGGCAUCCCUCCCCUCCCGUCCAGUGGAGAGCGUCCGGCUGAGUGCGAUGAGGGGAGUGGGUCGGUAGCUACAUAGACAGGCAUCAGCGCGUGCAGCACCGGACCGGAGCAGGGACAGAGGCGCGAGCAGCUGCGGUUGGAGGGAGGAAGGGAGAGGCGCGAGCGAGCGGGUGGGCAGGCAGGGGCAUGAGCUGCUCCCAGGGAGACCGCCACUCGGGCCCUCGCUCGCGGUAAUAAUGAUUCACCAUGAAUCAGAGAGACCCCUUGGUACAUCUGUUUGCUGGCGGCUGUGGGGGAACAGUUGGAGCUAUUUUAACGUGUCCUUUGGAAGUAGUGAAAACCAGAUUGCAGUCAUCAUCCGUCACUUUGUAUAUCCCAGAAGUUCACUUCAGUACAAUAAAUGGGGCACGUGUGAGUCGUGUGGCUCGGUUCUCACCUGGCCCUCUGCAUUGCUUGAAGAUGAUUCUAGAAAAAGAGGGUCCGCGUUCUCUCUUUAGGGGAUUAGGACCUAAUCUGAUAGGCGUCGCACCGUCAAGAGCAAUAUACUUCGCUGCUUACUCCAGUUCAAAGGAGAAGUUGAACGCAGUCCUUGAUCCAGAUUCUAGUCAGGUCCAUAUGGUCUCGGCUGGAGUAGCAGGCUUUACCGCUAUUACAGCCACCAAUCCAAUCUGGCUAAUAAAAACACGCUUGCAACUGGAAGCACGGAACAGAGGUGAAAGGCGAAUGAAUGCUUUUGAAUGUGUGCGAAGAGUAUAUCAGUCUGAUGGUAUCAGAGGCUUCUACAGAGGAAUGUCUGCUUCCUAUGCUGGCAUCUCUGAGACUGUGAUUCAUUUUGUAAUUUAUGAAAGUAUAAAGCAAAAACUGUUGCAAUCAAAGGCUUCUUCAAACAUGGAUCCUGAAGAAGAUUCUGUAAAAUACGCUUCGGACUUUAUUGCUCUCAUGCUGGCUGCUGCGACAUCUAAAUCAUGUGCCACCAGUAUAGCAUAUCCUCACGAGGUCAUAAGAACUAGGCUACGAGAAGAAGGAACAAAAUACAGAUCAUUUUUUCAAACAUUCUCAUUAGUAAUAACUGAAGAAGGUUACAGAUCCCUCUAUCGAGGUCUUAUCACUCAUCUGGUCAGACAGAUUCCAAACACUGCUAUAAUGAUGGCCACCUAUGAGCUUGUAGUUUACCUGCUUGAAGGAUAAUGGAAAUGCUCUUUCAAUGUAAUAACAUGGAAGACCAAAGGAUUUGACUGGACCAGAAAGCCCCAAAUAGAUUUUUAACACUGAGAAGUACGAGUCAGCUAUGAAGAUUAAAUUUGGUGUGAAAUCUCAAUAUUUGGUUGCUGAAGAAAAUCUGCUCCCAUUCAGAGGCUGGCAUUCAUCACCAUGGCAAUGAUUUAGAAAGACAGAAUUACUUCACUUGGCAGGGAACAGUUGAACGAUCUAAAUUUCACAUUAUCUUAGGAUACCAUAUUUCAUUAUUCCAUCAAUGUUAUUUUUUCCAUAAAUCUUUAAAGUUUAAUGGUUUGACUGAAUAACAUUUUAAGUGUACGAAAACAAUUCUUUACAACUCCCCCCCCCCCCCCC